CAGUGGGCUGAGAGGUUGAAGAAGGGUCUCGACCCGAAACGUCGCCUAUUUCCUUCACUCCAUAGAUGCUGCCUCACCCGCUGAGUUUCUCCAGCAUUUUUUGUCUACCUUCGAUUUUCCAGCAUCUGCAGUCCCUUCUUAAACACCCUAGCUUAUUGAUCGUUGGGAAGCCUGAUAACAGAGGAGAAGAAGCUUCUCCUGGGUCUGGUGGUGAGUGCUUUCAACCUUCAGUACCUUCUGCUGAACGGGAGCGGGGAGAAGAAGGAAUGGCCGAGGUGGGGCAGGGACAAGUUUGAUGUGGUGAAUCUGUGGAAUUCAUUGUCUCAGACGACUGCGGAAGUCAAGACAUUGGGUAUUUUUAAGGUGGAGGUUGCGAGGUUCUUGAUUAGUACGGAUGUCAAAGACCACGGGGAGAAGGCAGGAGAAUGGGGUAGAAUGGUGGUGUAGACUUAAUGGGCCGAAUGGCCUACUUCUGCACCUAUGACUUAUUAAGUUAGGAACUUAUGGCCCGAAACGUCACCUAUCCAUGUUCUCAAGUGAUGCUGCCUUCCUCCAGCAUGUUGUAACUUUUUAUAAUGUUAUUUAACAGCCUGGACUGUCAUUACAACAGCAUAGCUCCCAGAACAAGGGGUCACAGUUUAAGGAUAAAGGGGAAAUCUUUUAGGACUGAGAUGAAAAAAACAUUGGAGCUCGUCAGCCUGGGAAGGCAGUCCAUCUAGGAGAGGGUAAACUAUCUAUGCAUUUUGUUGUCUCUGUACUGUACACUGACAAUGACAAUUAAAAUUGAAUCUGAAUCUGAAUCUCUGAUUUAAAACAUCCACUGCCUUGUGGCCAUAUCCAGUCAUUUUUUCACGCAGAGAGUGGUGAAACUGUGAAAUUCUCUGCCACAGAAUGUAGUUGAGGCCACAGUUCAUUGGCUAUAUUUAAGAGGGAGUUAGAUGUGGCCCUUGUGGCCUUGUACACUGACAAUGACAAUUAAAAUUGAAUCUGAAUCUGAAUCUGAAGGGAUCAGGGGGUAUGGAGAGAAGGCAGGGAUGGGAUACUGAGUUGGAUGAUCAGCCAUGAUCACAUUGAAUGGCGGUGCAGGCUCGAAGGGCCGAAUGGCCUACACCUGCACCUAUUUUCUAUGUUUCUAUAUUUAGUACAGGCCGACAAUUGUACCUUUUUAUAAUAUUAUUUAACAGCCUGAACUGACAUUACAACAGUAUUUUCACACAAUGAUUAAUGCAGGCUUGUUAUCCCCAGGGGUUAAAGAUGGAGUCUUCGCCAGGCCUACUGAAUUCUCUGCCCCCUCCAGCGUUGAUGGUGUUAGCGUCGGCGACAGAAAGUGCUAACGGUAGUGCCAGCCUGUGCCAGCAAGGGCCGAGCUUUGCGGUGCCCGUCACCAUGGAGAAAGGGCAGGUGCCCUUCUUGGGCUCAUCCUACACCUUGGCACCAGUCUUUCACCAGGGGGACAGCUCAGGCGUCGAGUACCCUCCCCACCUGCUUCACCUCCACCCGCAGUUCGGCGUACUGGGCUACAGGCCCCUGCACCCGUACCCGCCCUUCCAGGAGGUGGAGUGCUUCCGCCAGGCCUACCUCGCAGGCUCCAAGUCUCUGAAGCAGCUUCCCAGCGCGGAGCCACCUCAGCUCCGCUACCUGGCCUCCGAGCGGGACUUCAAGAAGUACAGGGGACAACCGCCCGCUGGCUCAGCGACAACUGGGAAACGCAACCCGACGGGAACGCCGGGAAUGACGGCCAGCUCCGAGACUCUGUGGAAAAGCUCCCAGCAAGGCAGGAGCAAAGGCAGUAAGCUGGCACAAGACUUCUGUGUGUUUCUGCGAUGCCCUCUGUGCCAGGAGGAGUUGAAGCGAGGAGAUGUCCAGCAACACCUACAGCAGGAACUGGAGAGACUCUCUGCCCUGCAGCCCAGCUGCGAGAAGGAGCUACUGAACGAGAGUACAUCACACCAACCGGCAUCGUCACCGCCGGUCAAGGAAGAGGUAGACUCUCCCCGCGGGUCACCUCUGUCGAUCGAUGGUGGGCACCAUUUGGAAAGGCAGCAGACCUUUCAGCAAGUAAGAAUUAACAGAGAGAGUCGGCGGAAUGCCCGAGCAAAGAGAUGCAAGCGGCCCAGACCUUCAGACGAGGAGCAGGUCGUCGGCCCCUUUCCCAAGGAUCCCAGAUUCCCGGAUGCGGAGGAAGACGGGAGCCAGCAUGCGGAGAACUCCUGGCAGAGCUUGGAGAGGAGCAACGUGGGGCUGAGAGGGUCCAGUUCCCAUCUGGCGCCAGGCCUGACGAGCCGAGACAGUGAGGGUGAUGUGGACACCGAUGGCGAUGAGCCGCCACUCUCGUCCAAACUGAAAUGCCCAGCAGCGGGGCGUGUGGAAGGCCAAGCACACACACUGAUGGAGGCCCAGGAUAAGGACAGCCCAACACUAAGGCAAGUCCCUCUGUAG